AUGUUCAAGCACCUCGCACUCGGCCUUUUGGCCGCUCAAUCUGUGGCUGCUACGCGCUUUGCCAUGUACAUUGACGAAUACCAUGUGACCGAUCUGCCAGACUCUAGCCAGACUGAGGGCAUUGAGUACGCCAUCAUGGCAUUUGCCCCCUCGAAGAUCUUCAACUCCGACUCGCCGCCAUCAUUCCAGCCAUUCGAGUCUCCGGAGACCUUCCGCAAGCGCUUCGGUCCCGAUACCAAGCUUGGUAUUGCCAUUGGAGGAUGGGGUGAUACUUCUGGAUUCUCGGAUAGUGUCAAGGAUGACGCCUCAAUUGAGCGCUAUGCGAAGAAUGUUGCUUCAAUGCUCGAGUCGAACGGAUUCGAUGGUGUUGACAUUGACUGGGAGUACCCCGGUGGCAACGGCCAGGACUACAAACAAGUCCCCAACUCGGACAAGGUUGGCGAGAUUGAAGCCUACCCUAAGUUCCUUGCAGCCAUCCGUAAAGCCAUUGGCGACGACAAGCUCCUCUCCAUUGCCACUCCUGGCCGCGAGCAGGAUUUCAUUGCUUUCACUAAGGAGCAGGGCCCUAAGAUCUUCGAGCCUGUUGACUAUAUCAAUGUCAUGAGCUACGAUUUGGUUAACCGUCGUGACAACACCACUGGCCAUGCCAGCUCUGUCCAGGGAUCCCUGGAUACUAUCAACCACUACCUUGAGAUUGGCGCUCCCCCCGAGAAGAUUAACCUCGGCUUUGCAUUUUACGCCAAGUGGUUUACCACCGAUCCCGAUUCCGACUGCGAUGAGAACCCCCUCGGCUGCAAGAUGGUCAAGCUUGAGAACGAUGAUGGAAGUGACAACGGCAAGUCUGGUGCUUUGACCUUCGAGGCUAGCGUUGUCGCCGAUGCCCCCAAAGAUCUCAAGACUUCCACUAACGGCAAGUGUGGAUUUGGAGAGAAGUCCAAAUGCCCUGAGGGAUCGUGUUGCAGCGCCUACGGUAACUGUGGUACCGGCGAUGACUUCUGCCAGGCCGGCUGUCUCUCUGACUACGGCACCUGCAAGGGCAUCUCUAUCACCGACUCGUGGCGCGAUGCCGAGAAGAACGGCCAGACCGAUGAGGAUGCUGGCGGCCAGUACUACUUCGACAAGAAGAACAACCUCUUCUGGACCUGGGAUACCCCUGACCUGAUUACCCGCAAGUUCAAGGAUAUCGUCGCCGAGAAGCAGCUCGGUGGCGUUAUGGCUUGGAGUUUGGGCGAGGAUACCUAUGGCUUCAAGCACCUUGAGGCUAUGCAAAACGGUGUCAAGUCUCAAUCUACUCAAUCUACCAUGGUUAGCGCUGCUCAGCCCGAAGCUGACGCUCCUAUUCAGUCGUAA